AUGAGCGCCGUUCCGCCGCUGGUAAUGCAGCUGAUUGUCGACCGUGCGCUGAUCAAAGAGCACGGCUGGACGAUCGGCCCGAUGAUGGCGCAGGCCGCGCACGCUACGGCUGCGGUGUUGGCACAGACGUGGGACCGUGAAGAUACCCAAGCGUACAUCUCACCCACCCAGCUUGCGUCGAUGCACAAGAUUGUGCUUCAGACCCCCAAGAACGUGCCGCUCGACCGCCUCGCCGCCCAGCUUGCCGAGGCCAGCGCGACGGAUGCGCUCCCCCCGCACUACCUGUGGGUCGAGCAGCCCGAGAAUCUCCCCACGUGCCUGGCCAUUGCGCCGAACCGCAAGCCCGAGGCGCUUACGCGGAUCCUGAAGAAAUGUACAUUACUGCGUGACUAG